GCGGCGGGGUGAGGGGUCGUGGUGGGCCUAGGCCUAUGGCGGUGGCCUCCUGAGCCGGGCCCGGCGGCACAUCGGCAGCGCACCCACCAUGCACAGCUUGGCUACGGCCGCGCCCUCCCUCAUUUUUUUUGCUUGAAAGCUUGUUGGCCUUGGUGCUGUUCUUUCCCUGGUGCUCCAAGAAAGGCAGAAGAGAAAUCCUUUAUUUCACUCAAGUAGUAGAAAAUGUGCCUUGACUCCUGUGCCAACGGCGCUAGCUCAGGUUGACCGUGAGAAGAUUUACCAGUGGAUCAAUGAGCUUUCCAGCCCAGAGACACGGGAGAAUGCACUGCUGGAGCUGAGCAAGAAGCGUGAGUCUGUGCCUGACCUUGCCCCGAUGCUGUGGCACUCCUUUGGCACCAUCGCAGCGCUCCUUCAGGAAAUUGUAAAUAUUUAUCCAUCAAUCAACCCUCCGACUCUGACAGCUCAUCAGUCCAACAGAGUCUGCAAUGCUUUAGCUCUGCUGCAGUGUGUUGCAUCACAUCCUGAAACAAGGUCAGCUUUUCUGGCAGCUCAUAUCCCUCUCUUCCUGUACCCCUUUCUACACACAGUGAGCAAGACGCGUCCAUUUGAGUACCUGCGGCUCACGAGCCUUGGAGUGAUUGGGGCCUUGGUGAAAACUGAUGAACAAGAAGUGAUAAAUUUCUUACUGACAACAGAAAUUAUCCCCCUGUGCUUGCGCAUUAUGGAAUCUGGCAGUGAACUCUCCAAAACGGUUGCUACGUUUAUUCUUCAGAAAAUCCUCCUGGAUGACACAGGGCUGGCAUAUAUCUGUCAGACUUAUGAGCGGUUUUCCCAUGUUGCCAUGAUACUGGGUAAAAUGGUCCUGCAGCUGUCCAAGGAGCCAUCAGCACGGCUACUGAAACAUGUUGUCCGCUGCUACCUUCGCCUUUCUGAUAACCCCAGGGCACGUGAAGCUCUCAGGCAGUGCCUUCCUGACCAACUGAAGGACACCACCUUCGCCCAAGUCCUGAAGGAUGACACCACCACCAAACGCUGGCUGGCUCAGCUCGUCAAGAACCUGCAGGAGGGUCAAGUCACUGACCCACGGGGCAUCCCGCUUCCUCCACAAUGACUGCUGGGGGAGGUGGGGGACCGAGGAAGAAACAGCUCAGGUUUACAAAGAACCAGGCACAGGUGACCUCUUCCGCAACAAAGCGGGCAUGCCAGCUGGCUGCCAGCCUGUCAGACCAUCCCACCCAGCCAAAGGGCUGCUCUGUAGUGGUGCAGCACGCUUCCGGGGAUCACACCAGCAAAUGCUGAUGCUACAGCUUCAGAAACUAAGAAACAGAUCAAUUCAAACCCAUCUGUAAGGAUCCCCUCCUCCCUGGGAGGCUUGGCUGACAUCUCUCCCCCCACUGCCAGGCAGGGGGUAGCGCAGAUGUCUACUUCCAGCUAGCUCAGCCUCCACCCAAGUGGUGUGUGUGACAUAGGGGUGCACGCCACGUCCCUCCAAGUCUUGUCACUUCUUGUUUACACAUCUGUUUAGAUGAGUGAGCUGAAUAAAAGCCGAUCCAGUUGUUCU